AAUACAACAGGAAUAGGAACCUAAAUUUUAUGUCAUUUCAAAAUUUCAAAGCUACAUUACAUUUAUUUUUCAAUAUUGACACUUCAUUUUGUUAUUUUGUAUAAAAACCAAACACCAUACCAGAAUGAUUUAAAAGAAAUUAUGAGUAUCUUGAAGAAGUUGUUUCUUUUUGUGUGUUUAAUAAUUAGAAUGUCCCCUUAAUAAUACCGUUGCUAAUGCAAAUCUAAUAUUCAAAACCAUUUGAAAAAGAUACUAUAAUCGUUUUGAUUAAACAAUAAACAGAAUCUUUCUUUUCACUAAAAGAAUAAACUUAUAUAAAUUAUAAAACAAAUCUAUUGUGUGCACUCACAAGUUUAGGCUUUAUUGACUUCAGAAGAACUUCUCCAUCCUUUUCUUUCCACUUAACAUAAAUUUUUUUCCUCUUCAAAAAAAAUUUCAAUCGGUAUUAGCCACAGCCAUAGCCAAAACUCCACCUCUCUGCUUGUUGGGAUCGAGAAGUUUGUCUUGAAAAUCUCGUAAACUGUUGUAUCAUACAGUCGUAGAAACUAACCAGAAACAGCAUCUCAAGAAGAAAUAAUAUUUAUACUAAUGCUCUUUUUUUUUAUUGGUUUAUGAUCAACAUCUAUCGGAUGCAGAUCAAUGAUUCAUGAUUGUAUUGAAUCAUAAGCCUAAAUAUAGCUAUUGUGAUAAAUAUAAACGGCGAGGAUAUUGAAACUAUGGAUGCUAAUGAAGUUGAAGAAAAUUUCUUUGCCCCUGGUGAUGCCAAGAUUCCUGGUUCAGGUGCAUGGAGAAAUGUGCAAUGCCCUUUCAGUGAUCUACUGCAAGAUAAUGACUAUUUUCCCUUCUCUCGAAGAUGCUCGGCCGAGAAGCAAAUCUGGAAUUCAAGCUUUAUGUUCACUUCACGUAGUUUUAGAAAAAGUGAAGAACAUUCUACACCAUUGCACUGAAUCUAGUAAACUAUAUUUGGCUAUAACAGGAGAUUCAGUAGUUUUAAAAUUUGACAAGGCCAAAUCUUCUCUUAUAGAUAGCCUUAGGCGUGUUGAAGACAUAGUCCAACAGUCCCUUGGCUCUAAGAUUUUGGAGAUUUUGAUGGAACUAGAGAGCACUCAGUUCUCACUUGAUCCAUUAGAGAAGGAGAUCAGUGAUCAAAUCAUUGGACUGCUGCAACAAGGAGGCAACUUCGAAAACUCAUCAGACAACAACGAACUUGAGGUUUUCCAUCAAGCUGCUACUAGACUAGGCAUCACAUCUUCAAGAGCAGCACUAACAGAGCGAAGAUGCCUCAAGAAACUCAUUGAGAGGGCACGUAUGGAAGAUGACAAGAGGAAAGAAUCAAUAGUGGCUUACCUUUUACAUCUCAUGAGAAAGUACUCAAAGCUAUUCAGAAGUGAGAUAUGGGAUGACAAUGAUUCACAAGGUAGUAGCUCAUUGCCUUGUUCACCGACCAUUCAGGGCUCUCUUGAUGAUCCACCUGGCCGUGCUUUCGACCGGCAGCUGUCAAAACUGAGUUCAUUCAACUUCAGACCUUGUAAUAACAACAGGAGAUCUUCAGUACAGAUGUCUGUUCCUCCAGAAGAACUGAGGUGUCCGAUAUCAUUACAGCUUAUGUAUGAUCCUGUUAUCAUCGCCUCUGGACAAACGUAUGAGAGAAUUUGUAUUGAGAAAUGGUUUAGUGAUGGACACAACACAUGUCCUAAAACUCAGCAGCAGCUCUCUCAUCUCUGCUUGACUCCUAACUACUGUGUCAAGGCUUUAAUCUCUAGUUGGUGUGGACAGAAUGGCGUUCAGGUACCUGAUGGACCUCCUGAGUCUCUAGAUCUUAACUACUGGAGGCUGGCAUUGUCUGUGUCCGAGUCCACCGACAACACAAGAACAGCCAAAGGUGUUGGUUCUUGUAAGUUUAAGGAUGUGAAGGUGUUUCCUCUGGAAGAAAGUGGAACUAUUAAAGAGGAAACAUAUGAAUCUGAAUACCAAGAAGCUGAAGUUACUCUUGCUGAACAGUGUACAGAGUUGUUGACCAAUUUGAGUGAAGUGGAUAACUUAAGGAAAAAGUGCAGAGUUGUUGAGCAAAUAAGAGUACUGCUAAAAGAUGAUGAAGAGGCCAGGAUCCUCAUGGGGGGAAAUGGUUGUGUGGAAGCUUUGCUUCUUUUUUUAGGAGCAGCUCUCCAUGAAAAAAAUGAUUCAGCUCAGAAAGUUGGAGCCAUGGCUCUCUUUAACUUGGCUGUGGACAACAACAGGAACAAGGAGUUGAUGCUAAUAUCAGGAAUCAUUCCUCUACUGGAGGAAAUGCUAUGUAACCCACAUUCACAUGGUUCAGUGACAGCACUUUAUCUGAACCUCUCUUGUCUUGACGAUGCAAAACCCAUCAUAGGUUCGAGUCUUGCAGUUCCCUUCAUGGUGAAUCUUCUUUGGACUGAGACUGAAACUCAAUGCAAAGUAGACGCCCUUCACGGUCUUUUUCACCUCUCCACCUACCCUCCAAACAUUCCUUGCCUUCUAUCAGCUGACAUCGUCAACGCUCUUCAAUCACUCACCACCAGUGAUGACCAAAGAUGGACGGAGAAGUCCCUAGCUGUCUUGUUAAAUCUGGUUUUGAACGAGGCAGGAAAAGAGGAGAUGGUUUCAGUACCUGGACUUGUGAGCAACCUCGCCACUGUUCUUGACACUGGUGAACCAAAUGAGCAAGAACAAGCAGUUUCUUUGCUUCUAAUAUUAUGCAACCACAGUGAGGUUUGUAGCCAGAUGGUUUUACAAGAAGGUGUGAUACCUUCUUUGGUGUCUAUUUCUAUAAAUGGGACUCAACGAGGAAGAGAGAGGGCGCAGAAGCUGUUGACACUGUUCAGGGAACUGAGGCAGAGGGAUCAAACUCAUCUUACAACAGAACCGCAUGAAGAGGUGACACUGACAAGCCCUGAAGAGGGUGGAUUCACUGUCGCUGCAGCGGUUGUAACAGAGUCUAAACCGCAGUGUAAGUCAGCCUCAAGAAAGAAAAUGAGAAGAGCAUUUAGUUUUCUAUUGAAAACCAAGAGCUUCUCAGUUUACCAAUGUUGAGAGUUUGUGUUUCCUUUAGUCUUAAAGACAUUAUGAUCUCUUUUUGAAAGUCUUGGAAACAAAACAAAGUUUGUAUAGUUUUUUGGUAACUGUUUUGUAUAAAUGCUUUUUGCUCUAUAGCUAAAAUGCAAUUUAAAGAUUUGUUAGUA